AACACUCUCACUAUGGUUUAUACCAAGAGUUGAAGUAGUGAUUUUGAUAAUAUAAUAAGAAAAUGGAAAGAAAAAGUAACCAAAAUGAUUCUUCUUCUUCAUUUGUUUCUGAGCUCUCUGGCUCCAAAGAGACACACUCAUCUUCUUCAUCUCCUAAUGAAGUGAGGGACAAAGCUAUCAAGGAGAAAUGGGACUCUAUACUUGGAACACCUGAUGUCAUUUUCAAGGCCUGUGGUGGUGAAUCUCAGAAAAUACAAACUGAAGAUAAGAGUUCCAUCUACCAAAAUCAAAGAAUUGAACCAUGUAAUCUCAGCUCAUCAAUAUUUUAUGGUGGCCAAGAUAUUAUUCAUCAUGCUCAAAUUGAAGGGAAAAACUUAUUUCCCAAAAAUGUUGGAGAAGAAGAUGAUUUGGGAAUUGCUUCAAGAGGAGAUUGGUGGAAAGGGAGUCUCUAUUAUUAAAAUCAUCAUUUUUAGCACUAUAUGCCUUACAAGGUACAUAGAGCAAAAAUCAAGUUAUGUGGAAGCUAAACAGCGAAGGGAUAAAUAUGAAUUUGCAAUUAAUCAUUUAUAGAACUUUGUAUUGUCAUCUAUCUUGAGUAAUGUUGAAGUUAUUUAUUUUUUGAGAAAACCUCUUCUAAUUGGUUUCUUCUCUACUUUGAACUUUAUCAAUGAUGAUUUAUAAAAUUAGCAGCAAAAAUUAAUGAUGAAGAAAGUCAAAUUCUCUUACUAAA